ACCUACUUAGUGAACAAGUUUAAUUCAAAUUGAAUUUCAUAAGUUGCAAUUGUUUCAGAACUACCAUUCAUUCCUGUUGUUCUUGAAUCACUACAGUCGAGGAACCAGUGGCUGGUUUACUCUUCAAGCACAAGCAAAUUGAGAUGCAGCUCUUUGCAUGGGGCACUAAUAGUCAUGGGCAACUAGGACAAGGAUAUGAAUCAGAACUUGUAUCUGUUCCAACGCUAACUGUGCUUCCAGAAGAACUAGAAAAAGCAAUUGCUCACAAUUGCCAAAUAACUGGAGGAGGAAACCAUUCAAUUAUUUCUAGCAAUGGAAGAAUUUGGGGUACAGGCUUCAAUAAUGUAGGACAAUUAUGUUCUAUAGAGAAAAAAUCCAUCAGUGUUUUUUCUGAAAUUCCUACCUUGAUUAGCCGUAAUGUGACAAGUGUUGCAUGUGGAUGGGAUUUUUCCUUAUUCCUUGCAGCUGAUGGAACACUUUAUGGAUGUGGAUCCAAUUUGUUUGGCCAAUUGGGGAUUUUAAGUAAUCAUGCUGGGAAAUUGAUAGAACUCCAGAAUACAGGCAAGCAGCCAUUUUCCCAAGCAUCAGCUGGCUUGAGAAAUUCGGUAGCUGUAACUAGCAAUGGAUUUCUGCAAAUGUGGGGGUCGGAGAAGUAUGUGAAACAGGUUUCAGGAUUGUCUGCAGUUGUUAAGGUUUCUUGCGGACAGCAACACGUUGUGGCGUUGAACACCCUAAAUCAACUGAUAGCCUGGGGGACCAAUAAUCAUGGGCAGUGUGGUCAAGAGAGGUUAAAACACAUCCAAUAUCCAUCUGUUAUUGAGUGGGACGAAGAGAACGGGAAAAUAUUGGACGUUGUUUCCGGUUGGACCCACUGCAUGGUACUUACAGAUCGUCAACAAGUGUUUACAUGGGGCAGAAAUACCUAUGGUCAGUUAGGCAGGGCGUCUUUGACAAAUACUUUUCGCCCAGAAAAAAUUCCUGAAUUAGAAGGGAUCACGUCGAUCGCAGCCGGUUCUGAACACUCAAUGGCCCUUGAUACACUAGGACAGGUAUGGACUUGGGGUUGGAACGAGCACGGAAGUGUUGGAAACGGAAAUGUAGAAAACCAAUUCCGGCCCAUAAAUAUUAGUCAUUACUUUCCCGGUCGGGUUCGAUCGAUUGGCGCUGGCGCUGGACAUUCUUUUGCAAUUGUAGAAUAAGAUGAAUGGAAUAAAUCAAUACAAUUUGACCAUCUUUAAAUGGUGUAUUCCAAUUAAUCGAAA